GCCCUCCCGAAACGCUCUGGCGUGAUGGGGCCAGGAGCCCCCCCCCGGGCACCUGCAGCCCCACAGCCACAGCAGGGAGAAUCUCUCAGGGAUUUUCUGGUUCCAAGCAGCCCCCAGCACUCACGCAGGGGGAUUCUCUGGUGUUCUCACUGCACCUCCAGCUUGAAUUUCUACAGCCCAAAGCUGCGUGUUUUCAGACGCUGCCACCACCCACAGCGAGCAGGACCUGUGCUGACAGGAGGAGGGGAUCUCUACAAAGUGAAGCUGGGCAGUGAAGAGCAGCAUGGACCUGGAUGUGCUGAAUAUGUUUGUCAUUGCCGGUGGCACCCUGGCAAUCCCCAUCCUUGCCUUCGUGGCUUCCUUCCUCCUCUGGCCCUCAGCGCUCAUCCGCAUCUACUACUGGUACUGGCGACGAGCCUUGGGUAUGCAAGUUAGAUAUGCAAACUACGAUGACUAUCAGUUUUGUUAUUCCUAUAGAGGGAGACCUGGGUACCGACCAUCCAUCCUGAUGUUACAUGGGUUCUCAGCCCACAAAGACAUGUGGUUGUCCAUAGUCAAGUUCCUGCCGAAGAACCUGCACUUGGUGUGCGUUGACAUGCCCGGGCACGAGGGCACGACCCGCUCGGACUUGGAUGAUUACUCUAUAAGUGGGCAAGCUAAGAGAAUACACCAGUUCGUGGAGUGCAUCAAGCUGAACAGAAGGCCCUUUCAUCUGGUUGGCACUUCCAUGGGGGGAAAUGUUGCCGGCGUCUAUGCUGCUCAGUACCCAGAAGACAUUUGCAGCCUGACCCUCAUCUGUCCUGCAGGUCUGCCAAGUACCACUGACAGCAAGUUCAUUAAGCAGCUCCGGGAGCUACAAGAGUCCGAACGCAUUGACAGGAUCCCUUUAAUUCCCUCAACACCUGAGGAGAUGGCAGAUAUGCUGAAGCUUUGCUCCUACGUUCGCUUCAAGGUGCCACAGCAGAUUCUCCAAGGCCUCGUUGACGUUCGCAUCCCACAUAAUGAUUUUUACCGGAAAUUGUUUUUAGAAAUUGUGGAUGAAAAGUCCAGGCAUUCUCUCCAUGAGAACAUGAGCAAGAUCAAAGCACCGACGCAGGUCAUCUGGGGAAAGCAGGACCAGGUCUUGGAUGUUUCUGGUGCCAGUGUUUUAGCGAGCGCUAUCCCGGACUGCCACGUAUACAUCCUGGAGAACUGCGGACACUCAGUGGUGGUGGAGCGGCCCCGCAAGACUGCCAACCUCAUCCUGGAGUUCCUGGCGCUGCUGUACAGCAUGGACAACAACAAGAAGCAAGCAUGAGCUUGUCAGGGAGCUGUGGGCCCGUGCUGGGUCUUUUAAAUUGUAAAGUACUGCAGCUUUGAUAAGUUCUCAGGGAUCUUGUACAAAUCGGGGUGAAUGUGCCAAAGUCCCUGAGGAAGGCAGAAUCGCUGAUACCUAAACCUAUAGCACCACCGGCACAGCGACCUAGGGGUCAUUGAGCAACCUCCAUAGAUACAGGAAUGGAAGCAAUCUCUCCCUUUUCUACCUAGAGAUAAAGUAGAAAUGAGCUGAAAUCACCAAGCGCUAACCAUGCCGUGUGCUGAUGCUCCUUAUGCAGCUGCCCAUCUUACCUGAGUUACCAGCACAUAGUUCUUAAUGACAUCUACCUAAACUAUAUAAGAAGUGUAGGAAGGAAGAAGCAUCCUGGACUGAGGCUAACAAUAUUUCUACUACUUAGAGUCCAUCGCAUUGCAUGCUGCCAUGCUGUAAGAGAACCCCAGUGCUCCAGGUGUCUGCUCGAGUGCUCUUUGUGUAGCUCCUUAACUCGUGGUUUAUGCAGAAAACAACAGAAAACUUCAUAUGUGGAAGUCCAAUGACUGUAUGUGCAAAAAUGUUUACACUUUGAGUGGGUGUUUUUAAAUCCCCAAACAGCUCCUGUGUAUAUGUAAUGCCUUAACAUUGCCCAGGGGACGGCAUCUGUGCACAGCCCACCUCGCCGAGGGGACGGUUCCCCCUGAGGGUGAACAUAGCAAGUGAAAACUUGGGGGACAGACAGCAGCUUCGCCGCUGCCAAUCCAUCGUGUGAAUUGGAGGAAUGGAAAAUGCCUGGAGCGGUUCAGUCCCUGAGCCUGAGUCAGCAAUAAGCCCGUGGGCAGGGAACGAGUCAGCAAACACGGGCGAACUCUUGUCUCAGCUCUUCUACUACGUAUGCUGCUGAACACGUCGAUGUAAAUAACGAUUUUCUUAAUGAAUUCCGUGAAUUCUGUGAAUGCCGACAUCACUGAAACCAGGCGUGAGGGGUGGGAGCGGUUUAUGUCUGCGGAUAGCGUGGGGUGGGCUCCUGGCGUUGCUGGGUGGCGAGGAGGGGGACAGCUGUCCCGUGAGGCUCUGGUAGUGGUGUGGAAACGUACAGCGUGCUUCUGCGUCCUCUUGAUGGUUCAUAACUCCUGGCCAAGUGAAAUUAUAGAUAGAAACGGGCAAUGCAGACAAGCUGCACUUUGCAGCCUGCAAGGUGAUAUAUGGGGAUGGAUCCUGCGCCUCUCUGGGUACCGUCCCUCGCUGUGUGUCACAGGAGGAGAAGGAUGAUCCUGGUCUCAGCAGGACCCAUGGCUGCUGGAGGGCAAGGUGGUGCAUGGUUCUCUCAAAGGCAAAGCAGCAGAGGCGGCCGUCACCCCUUCAUCACCCCCAGCCCUCCUCAGGGGUCAGCCUUGGGUGCUGCUGGAGCCCUCCCGCGGUCUGGUACGCACACUUGUGGUGCUCACAGCCAUCUUCUUGCCGUCUUUCCGAGGCACCCCGACCUGUACAUACAUCUGAAACUCCCCAUCAGCUUUUCUGCUCUUUUUAAGAGAAGAGAAAAUUGCUCUUUUAGAAAACUAGACAUUAGCUGUUAAUAGCUUGGUUAGUAUUUCUACUACAGGAGUUGAUUAAAAAAAAAAUUGCUGAUAGUUUUAUGUGGUAAAAGCCAGAAAAAAAAGUUGUUGAGUGUCUAUAUGGUUUCUCAAAUGCCACAGAUUGCUGUAUACAAAGGAUUUGUAUGG